CGCCACUGUCGGCUCAAUAUGGCCACGUGUUAGACGUGCGGUGUUUACGCGACGGCGGCGGCGAGGCGUCCGAUUUACGGUCGUGCCGGGUGUAAUCGCGACCGGAGCCGCGCCGAUUCCGCGGCCCGUCGCGUGCUCGUGAUUCACGACGAUGAACGCGCUCGUAGUGGCCGAGUGAUCGACGUCGCGUCGGACGUGCGCGGCUGAUAAGGUGGCAUGGCGGGCGCGGACGAGGCGUCCCGGGUCGUCAGGUGUGCCUACGGCUGUCAGGACACCACCUGCACCGUCGCCGACGUCUGCGACGGCGGCGGCAGCGACGGGACCGCGAGUCGCUCCGUGCGGACCUACCGGCCGCACGGCAGCCUCGCCAGGGUGCUCUACGACAAGCGGAAGGCCGACGAGUGGCUGGCGGCGUACGACAAGCGCAAGUGGUACAGGGUAGACAAAACCAAGAUCAGAGAAGAUCUGCUGGAUUCGUGGGUUCCGCUUGGUACUGGUCCCAACGCCGACCAGCCCGACAAAGCCGCCGAAAUUUUCCUCGUAAGAUCCGCGGAGAGAUCCGACUCGCUGCCCCUGCAGGCUUGGCACUCGUUAGCCAGGUCGGCGUUAUCUUGGUUCAUCAGUCGAACGUCCAUAAACGGACUGCUGGGUCGUGGUUCCAUGCACGUGUUCUCCAGCGAGCAAUUUCAAAAGCUAAUGGACGCGAGCGGCUUCAUGGGUCCCUGGCAUUCCUUGGUGGACCUCGGGGCAGGUGAUGGCGCAACCACCGCCCACGUGGCUCAUCUCUUCGAGAAGGUGUACGCCACGGAUAUCUCACCCCCCAUGAGGUGGGCUCUGGCGAAGAGAAAGUUCACAGUUCUCGACGUGGAAAGGUGGCAUCAGGAGGCUGGUCCUUACAACGUCAUCCUCUGUCUGAACCUCCUCGACCGUUGCGAUCGUCCAAACACUCUGCUGAGGCUACUGAGGACCUCGCUAGCUCCCGGCGGCAGGCUGGUCGUUGCCCUGGUGCUGCCGUUUAGCCCCUACGUCGAGGUCGGCGAUAGGGGUAAUCACAAACCGUCGGAGUACUUAGCGGUGCGAGGAAACGGACUCGAGAUUCAAAUAGCCAGUCUAAUCGACCGAGUCUUCGCCCCGGUGGGCCUGCGAUGCCUCGUCUGGAGCAAACUGCCGUACCUGUGUGAGGGCGAUCUAGGACAGUCGUACUACUUUCUGGACGACGUGAUCUUCGUGCUGGAGGCGCAACCAGUUAGUACACGAUCCUGCGAGUUCGCCGUAAACGACGAUGUUUCGCUACAAAGGAACUUUUAAGGGUUUGAAGCCAAACGGGCUGUGCAUAGUGAAUUUACGAGAAUAUGAUUAACGGGGCCAGAGAAAAAAAAAGAAAACGAAACCAGGCGUGUCUUUCACACUUGUAAAAACUUUAAUAAUUGCUGUCAUGAGUUAGAAUUAUGCGAGAAUACAGAAGAGCAAUACUGGCAAGCGACGACGAGCUUAAUGUGCAGACACAGCGGUUAGCGUUUGGUGUACGAAUAUCGAUUAGCGAUCCGAGUUUAAAAAGGGAACGACGGAUCGACACAAUAGUGCGCAUUUUACAAUCAUUUAUCAUCUUACUGUCGAAUUCGGUGCGGAAACAUGUACACGGUCUCUAUGGUAUAGAUAUGGCGUGAGAGUAACGAGAUCCGGAAACGAAAUCUGUAUUUCUUCCCUUUUCUGUCCCUUUCCUGAUGUGUGCUCGACUCCGUUCGAGAGAACCUCUAGAAUGAAAUCUCUUAUCUUGCUAAUUAUUUAAACUAGUAGAAAUUAACGGACGGUAUAUAAAAAUAUAAUAAACUAACGCACGUUAUGGCAACAGUUGCAGCAACUGCAGCGAUAAAAUCGCAAAACGAAUAACGAAAAACGAAUGUUUAGACUUUAACGAUAAUUUAAUCUAGACCAUAAAAUAUAUAACAACGAUAUUGUGUACGUUAACAAAGUACAGCGAAUGUAAAGCGAAGAAUAAAGGAACUUAUUGCAGCGCUGCAACUUUUGCUUUAAAAAAAUACACGCACAAACUCCUCGUAUUACGAACAAUGCGCUGUCGUGUUCAAAUCAUCGAUAAAGUAAGAUUUAUCUCGGACGCAGUCCCUAACGUUUUUCACGUAUUUUGAAAUUCUAUUUUGGUAUAUUUGAUCAACUCCUUUUCUCGUCAGACUCUGUUUCCGCGCUCCCUUUUCUCUAUUUGGCAUAAAUUGCAACGACUUAGUCAUGGAUAUGCUUAAUUGCGUUGAUCACACGGACCGAUCGAUCGAAAUGCAAACGACGUUACAUUUGCAUUUUUUUAAUAAUACGUAAUAUUAUAAGAAAUAAGUCCACCUAGUUAUUGGAAAUACACUUUGGUGUGCAACAAGUUAUCGUCGAAUUAUGAAUCAUAUUGCAGCAGCCUUCUUGUCAAUAUAUAUAUAUUAUAUAUGUAUGUCAACAAAAACGCAGUCUAUAGAAGCCGGAUCUGCAUUCGUUUAAACAGCUAUAAUAGCCGUGGAAAAACAAAUAAAGAAUCACUGUCGAGAAUUA